GAAUACCUCAGUAUUGCUGAAUAAGAGCAGGAGGGAGCUCCUGGGCUUCUGCUUAUCUCUGCCUUCAGCUGCUGGGUGGGGAAAGGCCCAGUCCAAGUGGGCUUGGAGCACAAAAUAACAUUCAGAAGUUGUUCGACUUCAGUGCAAGUCAACAGCACAAAACUGGUUGGCAACAUGGCCUCAAUCCUGCAGUGCUGCCCUUUCCUGACCCGAGAUCCAUCUCUCUUUCUACGGAAAGUCGGCCCACUGCUGGUCAACAGUGCUCAACGCUGCCCCGUGAUGAUGGCCCGCACUUUCUCCAGUUCUCUCACUGACCUGCAGAGUGAAAAAGACACCUGUGGAAACACUGCACCCCGGUCUCUCCCAGCCACCCAGUGCCCUUUUAUGGAAUCCCAGCGUCAAAGUGGCCAGAGCUCCUUUGUGCAAGAAGCAAAACCUGAACUCCAGGAAGAUGUCAAGCCUUUCAAAUCAGGAGUGCUGACAUCCUUGCUCAGAGAGGUGCACUGCAGUCUCAGAAAGAAAUUCCUGGACUCUAACAAAGUGUCUCACCUCAUUCAGGACAACAUGCCAGAGACCCCUGUGUUUGACUACGAUGCGUUCUUCGAAGAAAAGAUCCAAGCAAAGAAACAAGAUCAUACCUAUCGGAUCUUCAAGACUGUGAAUCGGCGGGCCGAUGACUAUCCUUUCGCUGAGGACUACUCUAACUCUGAGGUUGAGGCGCGGGAGGUGUCCGUCUGGUGCAGCAAUGACUACCUCGGAAUGAGUCGCCACCCUCGCGUGCUGCAAGCCAUACAGGAUACUCUGCAGUGUUACGGAGCAGGAGCUGGAGGUACCAGGAACAUUUCCGGCACUAGCCGAUUCCAUGUGGCUCUGGAGGAGGAACUGGCCAGCCUGCAUAACAAAGAUGCUGCUCUGCUGUUUUCCUCCUGUUUUGUAGCCAAUGACUCCACUCUCUUCACGCUCGCCCGCAUGAUGCCAGGAUGUGAAAUCUAUUCUGACGCUGGGAAUCAUGCAUCCAUGAUCCAGGGCAUCCGAAACAGCGGUGUUCCAAAGUAUGUGUUUCAGCAUAAUGAUCCACACCAUUUGGAGGAGCUCCUACGCAAGGCCAAACCCAGCACCCCAAAGAUUGUCGCUUUUGAAACUGUGCAUUCCAUGGAUGGUGCCAUCUGCCCCCUGGAAGAGAUGUGCGAUGUGGCCCAUCGCUAUGGGGCCAUCACUUUUGUGGAUGAGGUCCAUGCUGUGGGACUCUAUGGGGCCCACGGAGCCGGCAUUGGAGAACGUGAUGGAGUGAUGGGCAAAAUAGACAUCAUAUCUGGCACUCUGGGAAAGGCCUUCGGCUGUGUGGGUGGCUAUGUCACAAGCACCACUUCCCUCAUUGACACAGUGCGUUCCUAUGCAGCCGGAUUCAUUUUCACCACUUCGCUGCCCCCUAUGACACUGGCUGGGGCCUUGGAAUCUAUUCGGAUCCUGAAGAGUCCUGAGGGGCAGGUGCUACGCCGGGCCCACCAGCGCAACGUCAAGCACAUGCGCCAGUUGCUUAUGGAUGCCGGGCUGCCUGUGGUCAGCUGCCCAAGCCACAUCAUUCCCAUACGGGUUGGAGAUGCAGCCCUGAAUACACAGCUUUGUGACCUACUCCUCUCGGAGUACAACAUCUACGUCCAGGCCAUCAAUUAUCCUACUGUGCCCCGGGGGGAGGAACUGCUGCGGCUGGCCCCCUCGCCCCAUCACACCCCACCCAUGAUGGACUACUUUGUGGAAAAACUGCUGGCUGCUUGGCAGGAGGUGGGCCUGCCCCUGCAGGUCUCAACCUCCCCCGAGUGCCACUUCUGCCACCGCCCACUUCAUUUUGCUCUCAUGAGUGAGUGGGAGCGGGAUUAUUUCGGAAACAUGGGGCCACGCUAUGUCACCCUUUGUGCUUAAGGAGCGCCUCAGGCCACAGAGCUCACUGCCUGCCGAUGGGGAGAGAGAGGGGCAUGCCUCACACCAAGGCUGCCCAGCAGAAAAAGAGAUGAUCUGAAUACAAUAAAGCUCUAAAACUGCC